AUGGGCGGCGGACCGGUGGCUCUGCACGAGAAGAUCCUGGUGGCGCUGCCGGGCAAGUUGCCGGCCGGGCUGCUGGAGCGCCUGAAGGACAAGUUCCCCCACGUCGACGUCGAGUUCUACCCGCUCGACAAUGCGCACAGUUCCGAGGUGCCCAAGGAGGUCUUCGCAGACAAGACGAUCCUGGUCACGUUCAACGCGCUGCCCAAGACGCUGGAUGAAGCGCCCAAGCUGAAGUGGAUGCACCUGCUCAGCGCCGGCAGCAACCACAUCCAGAACCACCCCAUCUACACCGACUCCGACAUCAUCAUCACCACGAGCAGCGGCAUCCACGGGCCCCAGAUCGCCGAAUGGGUCCUCCUCACCACCCUCGUCCGCACCCACUUCUACAACGACCUGCACGACGCGCAAAAGGAGCACCGCUGGGCCAAGUACGCGCCCUCGCAGACGGUCCACGACCUCGUCGGCCAGCGCCUCGGCGUCCUCGGCUACGGCAGCAUCGGCCGCCAGGUCGCCCGCGUCGCGCAGGCCAUGGGCAUGACGGUCCUCGCCUACACGGCGACGCCCAAGGACACGCCCGCCCAGCGCCGCGACCGCGGCUUCAUCGUGCCCGGCACGGGCGACGCCGACGGCGCCAUCCCGCAGGCCUGGUACUCGGGCCUCGACCGCGCGUCGCUCCACGACUUCCUCGCCCAGGACGUCGACAUCCUGCUCGUGUCGGUGCCGCUGACGGACCAGACGCGCGGCUUCCUCGGCGAGGACGAGUUCGCGGUGCUGUCGAGAGGGAAGAAGUCCGACUCGAACGACGACGACGCCUCCGCGAAGCCGUGGCGCGACCCCUCCAAGGGCGGCAAGGGACCGGUCCUCGUCAACAUCUCGCGCGGCCAGAUCGUCGAUCAGCCGGCCCUGGUGCGCGCGCUGCGCGACGGCGUCCUCGGCGGCGCCGCGCUCGACGUGACGGACCCGGAGCCGCUGCCCGCGGACGACCCGCUGUGGAGCGCGCCCAACGUCACCAUCACGCCGCACAUCAGCGGGAACGGCGCGAGCUAUGUGCCGCGGAGCCUGCAGAUCUUGGAGGAUAAUCUGGGGCGGAAGGAGGCGGGGGAGAGGUUGUUGAAUGUGGUGGAUAGGGAGAGGGGGUAUUAG